AUGGAUGAAGAGAUCGGUGGUGAACGUGUUGGAAUCUGGCUUGGUUUAUGGCAGCUCAAAGUUCCAUUCCAAACAGGUCUACCGUCUCUAUCUUCCGGUCGAAAUUUAUCAAAUAAUUUACUGGCGUUGACCUUCACUUGGUGGGUGGCCCCCGAAGGAACGAGUCCUAUUGUAGGUGUAGUGCCAUCGUGCGCUCACCUCUUCUUAGCUGGUACCGUGAUAACCUAUAGAGUGCCAAUCCAGCAAACCGUAACGCCACCACUAACCAGCCGAUUCGUCGUCCACAAUACUGCGCAGCGAUCACAUCUAAUAUCAUCAUCGAUGGAAACAACCUCAUCCGAUCUAGCAGUUGCCCUCACAUGCGUAACCAUAGCGCCAGCAAAGGAAAUGGGUCGGAAGAAGCUUGAGUUGAAGCUGAUCACGGAGAAUGCGGAGGCAGAAAAUGUUUGUGAAUAUGACCCACCAUCGCCGUGCUACAGUAACCCGACCGACAGCGAGCCGCCGUCGCCGGAUUCUGGAUUCUCGUCGGACGAGAGCGCCUCGCCGUUAGCGCACAGAGAUACUCGAAGCCGCACUCUUCCAUCAGCGCUACGUCGUUCACGAUCGAAGGUAUGUGCUAAACGUGUACGUUUUGCCGAUUCGCUCGGAUUGGAUCUGGAGAAGCGCCAGUAUUUCACGGACAAAGAAGCCAAUCCUUUUCCCACACCACCAUCGUCACCACAACCAGAACAUCGUCUGAUUCUGACCAAUUUUGUGUAUCGCACUGAAUCUGAGUACAAUCAACGUGCUCAUGAUUACUUUGUAUGCUUAGCGACACUUCGCGCUCAAGGUCGUACUAUAAAUGGUCAGAUCAACGUUGCCAACAUCUCCUUCGCAAAAGAGGUAGCGAUCCGUUAUACGACCAACGAUUGGGCGAGUUACGAUGAAGUAGCCGCCUCAUAUGGACAUAACGUCUUUGGAGCGAACAAUAUAGACGCGUUCGUGUUCUCGCUGAUACUCCCAACUGAUAUGAAGGACGGCCAGUGCCAGUUUUGUGUGCGAUUCGCCGUUGAAGGCCGCGAAUACUGGGACAAUAACGGCGGCGCAAACUAUCGUGUAAACAUGGUUCAAGACAAACCGUCACCAUAUCAACGUAAAGUUGAACAAUUAGAACCAAAAAUGACGUCGACACUUAUCACAUCCACCUCGUCGUUCUUCACACCACGUCGUCUACGUCGUUGGGGCCGAGCUCAGGAGGAGUCCGACGACGAGAGCUCACGCGUCUACAUUCCCCGUCGUAGGGUACUGUAG